AGUGUCACCUCCAUCAGUCCCUCCAGGGCCAGAGCCACCACCACCAUCAGCUCCAGCCCCAGUGCCAGCUCCUGAGCUGGAGCCAGCUGGACCAUUGGCUCCAGGGAGAAUCCUCCCUCCACCUGGAGAGAUAACAGCAGAGCCAGAUCCAGUCCCAGAGCCCACCUGCCCCUGGGAUGUGACCACCAAGAACCUGCUGAGGGAGGAGAAGCCUGACUUCUUGGAGUUCCCUCCCCGGCUGGUGGCAGAGCAGUUGACACUGAUGGAUGUGGAGCUCUUCAAGACAGUGAGGCCCCACGAAUUCCUGGACUCCAUCUGGUCCCAGUGUGACAACUGGGGCAAUGAGCACCUGGCACCGACCAUCCAUGCCACCAUGACCCACUUUAACAGAGUGGUCGAAUGUAUCGUCACCACCUGCAUUGGGGACCCGAGCAUGACGGCCCAGGUCAGGGCCAGGGUGGUGGAGCUCUGGAUCCAGGUGGCCAAGGUAAGAUGUGGGAGGCCCUGGGAGCCCCUCUCUGGAGUCGGGGGAACUGCCCCUUCUCCUUUCUCAGCUCUCAUGUUUGAAGUCCGUGGUCUGAGCCUUUGCACAAUCCUUAGGCCCCUCCUGCCAGGCCUCGAUGACCUGACUCCUGGUCCCAGUGGUGGGAAGCUCACCCCUUCCUGGGCUCCUUUCUUGGCUUGAGCUGAA